AUGCGUAUUGGUUUUUCAUUUCCACAUUUCUCUUCCUUACUUGUUGUUGUUGUUGUACUUGUGGCUUUAUUUCCUUUAUGCACGUCGUCCAGUAAUGAUGUGUUAUGCAAGGAUGAUGAGAGACAAACCCUUCUAGAGUUCAAACACGGACUCAUAGAUGAAACAGAUCGACUUGCUUCAUGGGUUGGUGAGAAGACCGAUUGCUGCACUUGGACUGGGAUUGUUUGUGAUAACUCUACUGGUCAUGUACAAAAGAUUCAUCUUUCUAAUCAUUGUUAUACUGAUGAUUAUAGCACAUCCAAAGAAUACGAAGAAUGCUUCAAUCAAAGACUAAGAGGGAAUUUAAGCCCAUCCCUGCUGCAUCUGAAGCACCUCAAACAUCUGGACUCGAGCAGCAAUAAUUUCGGAGGAAUCCAAAUUCCUAGCUUUAUGGGUUCUUUUAAAAACAUGAGAUAUCUUAACCUGUCGCGCUCUGGAUUUGGUGGAAGUAUCCCCCCUCAGCUAGGGAAUCUAUCUGAAUUGCGCAUCCUCUCUCUUGGAAGUUUUUACAAUGCUAUAUUUGAGCGUGAGUUAACUAGCAUGAGUAAUCAUAUGCAUUGGUUGUCAAGCCUCCAUGGGUUGCAUCACCUGGAUAUGAGUGGUGUAGACUUAGGCAAAGUAACUGAUUUGGGUUCAGAUAUAUAUCCCGAUGUUGCCAGUCUUAAUCUCACAUCCCUAGCUCACCUCGAUCUUUCAGAUAACUAUUUCAUUAACAGUUCCCUACCACAGUGGAUUUUCAGUAUAACUACUCUAGUUUCACUGGAUCUAAGUUGGUGUGGUUUUCAUCAUUUCUAUAAUCCUAGCAGUAUUGAUCUGUUCAGUAAUUUGACUUCUGUUGAGUCGCUUCACGUCCCAUAUAACCCUUUCAUGAACUCUUGGUUAGUACUGAAAGGGUUGUCUAGUAAUGUAGGUCGUAAUCUCAUUUCCUUAGAUAUUAGUUUUUGUGGCGUUUCUAGUUCACUUCUUGAUGAUGCCCUUCACAACUUGACUUCCCUUCUUAGCCUUGAUUUGUCAAAAAAUGAACUCACCAAAACAAUCCCCAAGUCAUUGGCUAAUCUUUGCAAUUUGAGACAUAUUAAUUUGGAAGGUAACCAUUUUUCUAAUAUUAGUUUAACAAGCGUUCUUGAAAGUUUUUUUGAGUGCAAGCUACCAAGGUUGGAGUCAUUAUCUGUUGGGUCCUCUGGACUUUCUGGUCAACUGCCAUAUGAAAUCGGACGACUGACAUAUCUUGUGGAUCUCCAACUUGGAGGAAACGGGUUUGUCGGUAUGAUUCCAGAUUCAAUCGGGCGACUAUCUAGUCUCAGGUCAUUAAAUCUUCAAAACAAUCUUAUUUCUGGUCUGAUUCCCAACUCGAUUGGAAGAUUAUCAUCACUGGAGAUGUUAGAUCUUUCAGAUAACCAACUGAAUGGCAGCCUUCCUAAUGGACUUGGUCAACUUUCAGAGUUGCUUCUUUUAGCUUUUUCUAACAAUUCGUUGACCGGUGGAGUGACAAAAUCUCACUUUGCAAAACUAGCAAGACUGAAAAUCCUGGUUGGAGCAGGAAACAACUUAACCCUUAGAUCACACCUUGCAAACUGGAUUCCAUCUUUCCAGUUGAAAAUCUUGUCUCUAAGUUCUUGGGAUUUAGGGCCACAAUUUCCAUCAUGGCUGCAAGUGCACACCCAUUUAGUAGGUCUGGAGAUAAGCAACACCAGAAUUUCAUCAACCAUCCCUGAUUCAUUUUUGAGAUCAUUGCCCGAUCUAUUCUAUCUGGAUAUGUCACAAAAUCAUAUCCAAGGAAUAUUUCCCGCUCGUAUGAUCCCAGCAUCAAUCCAAGUACUCGAUGUGAGUUCUAAUGAGUUUGGCGGGUUGUUACCUCAACUCUCAAAUGCUUCAUCUGCAUUGAUCCUGGAUCUGUCAAAUAACUCUUUUUCAGGGUCCUUACAUCAUUUGUUGUGUCCCAACAGUGAGAAAGUGCUAGCUGUUCUUAAUCUGGCAAAUAAUCAUCUAUCAGGUAUCAUUCCUGAUUAUUGGCACAAAUGGCCGAGUUUGUCAUUCUUAAACUUGGAGAACAACUAUCUGUCUGGUAGGAUUCCAACAAGUUUGGGAUCUUUAUCUUCACUAGGAUCAUUAAACAUGUGCAACAACAAACUCUCUGGAAGAUUGCAUAUGAAGAACUUGACAAACUUGCAAAUCCUUCAACUUGCUGGGAAUGAACUUGCUGGAACAAUUCCGGCAUGGUUCGGGAGAGAACUUCCCAACUUGAGAAUACUCGAUCUCCGAUCAAACAAUUUUUAUGGAGAUACAACUCAUCAGCUCUGUAAUCUUACCUCAAUUCAGAUCUUGGACCUUGGAGAUAACAAUCUAUCAGGAAAUAUUCCAAGGUGCUUGAAAAAUUUCGGUUUUCUAACCGGGAAAGAAGCCAACUCAAAAGAUCAAUUUAAUUUCUCACCAUUUGAAGGUAUGGAUGCUUUGGGUAGUGCUUCAUUGGUGAUAAAGGGACGAGAGGACACAUACAGCACGAUUCUUGGAUUAGUGAUGGUUCUGGACCUUUCUAGUAACAACUUCUCCGGACAAAUCCCCAGUGAGCUAAUGGACCUCAAGGCGAUACGCUCAUUGAAUUUAUCAAGAAAUCAGUUGACAGGAAGAAUCCCAGACAAGAUUGGAGACUUGAAAUUACUUGAAUCCUUCGAUGUAUCUCUCAACUCGCUUUCUGGGGAGCUUCCUUUGAGCUUGUCAACCUUAAGUUUCUUGAGUAACUUCAAUGUGUCCUUCAACAAUCUGACUGGAAGAGUCCCAUCAUCCACACAGCUUCAGGGUUUCAGUGAGUCCAGCUUCUUGGGCAACAAACUUUGUGGACAUCCACUCACCAAAACUUGUGCAGUUGAACUACUCACCAGAGACCAAGAAGAAGACAAGAAUGGGUCACAUGGAGCAGAUUGGGGAUUGAUUAUUUGCAUAGUUUCUGGAUUGAUUGUUGGUUUUUGGGCUGUGUUGACUCCACUCAUACUCAGCACCACAUGGAGGAUUGCAUAUUUUGGUUUCUUGAAUAAACUGAGUUUCAGUUUGAAAAAUAGCAACUUGUAUCUUCUUAACAAGCUUGGAUCAAGUUUUCUAACAGUUUACCCAUAA